ACAGGAUGAAAACAUGGCCGCACCCCUUCUCGCACCCCCAGGCCCUAACAGCAUCAAGGAGUUCACUUUGGAGUCUCUGGCGAACCUCGAGCUGCGCUUCAAGGAUGCGAAGAACAAGAAGCCUCCCCGGCAGGACAGCAGUUACCGCGACGAUGACGACGAGAACAAGCCCAAGCCCAACAGCGACCUGGAGGCCGGGAAGAGCCUGCCCUUCAUCUACGGGGAGAUCCCCAAAGGGCUGGUGGCGGUACCCCUGGAGGACCUUGACCCCUUCUACGCGGCCACUCAGAAAACGUUUAUAGUGCUAAACCGAGGGAAGACCAUCUUCCGGUUUAGUGCCAACCCUGCCUUGUACUUCAUAAGUCCUUUAAAUUUUGCUAGGCGAAUGUCUAUUAAAAUUUUGAUACACUCCCUUUUCAGCAUGAUCAUUAUGUGUACUAUUCUGACCAACUGUAUAUUCAUGACCUUUAGUGACCCUCCCGAGUGGUCAAAACAAGUAGAGUACACAUUCACUGGAAUUUAUACGUUUGAGUCCCUUGUAAAAAUCUGCGCGCGAGGAUUCUGUAUAGACGGUUUCACGUUCCUCAGAGACCCGUGGAACUGGUUGGAUUUCAUGGUCAUUUCUAUGGCAUAUAUAACAGAGUUUGUGGACCUGGGCAAUGUAUCUGCGCUGAGAACAUUCAGAGUUCUCCGAGCAUUGAAAACUAUCUCUGUCAUACCAGGCCUGAAGACCAUCGUGGGCGCCCUGAUCCAGUCGGUGAAGAAGCUGUCUGACGUGAUGAUCCUCACCGUGUUCUGCCUGAGCGUGUUCGCCCUCAUCGGCCUGCAGCUCUUCAUGGGGAACCUGCGGCACAAAUGUGUGAUCUGGCCCAUCAACGCCACCGACAACUACCUGGCCAACGGCAGCAGGGGCUUCGAGUGGAACGAGUACAUCAACAACGACACCAACUUCUACUUCCUGCCUGGCAGCCUGGACGCUCUUCUCUGUGGGAACAGCUCUGACUCUGGCCGCUGCCGAGGGAUACCGUGCAUGAAAGCUGUUAAGAGGAAUCCAAACUACGGCUCCACCAGCUUCGACAGCUUCGGCUGGGCCUUCCUGGCUCUGUUCCGACUCAUGACGCAGGACUUCUGGGAGAACCUGUACAUGCUGACGCUGAGGGCCGCAGGGAAGACCUACAUGAUCUUCUUCGUGCUGGUGAUCUUCGUGGGCUCCUUCUACCUGGUCAACCUGAUCCUGGCCGUGGUGGCCAUGGCCUACGAGGAGCAGAACCAGGCCACCAUGGAGGAGGCUCUGCAGAAGGAGGAGGAGUUCAAGAACAUGCUGGAGCAGCUCAAGAGGCAGCAGGAGGACGCCCAGACCGCUGCCAUGGCGACCUCAGCGGGCACGGUGUCGGAGGACGCGGUGGAGGACGACGGCGGCGAGCACAUGUCCUGCAGCUCCUCGGACAUGUCCAAGCUGAGCUCCAAGAGCGCCAAGGAGCGGCGCAACCGCAAGAAGAAGUGGCGGCAGAAGGAGCAGGACAAGGAGAAGGGCGACAGCGAGAAGUUCGUCAAGUCCGAGUCCGACGACGGCAGCAAGGGGAGGAGCCGCUUCCGUUUCCCCGACAACCGCCUGGGCCGCAAGUCUUCCAUCAUGAACCAGUCCCUGCUCAGCAUCCCCGGCUCGCCCUUCCUGUCGCGCCACAACAGCAAGAGCAGCAUCUUCAGCUUCAAGGGCCGCGGCAAGGACCCCGGCUCGGAGAACGAGUUCGCCGACGACGAGCACAGCACGGUGGAGGAGUGCGAGGAGCGCCGUGGCUCCCUGUUCAGCCCGUACCGCCGCAACAGCUACACGGGCUACCACGGCAAGCGCAACAGCACGGUGGACUGCAACGGCGUGGUGUCGCUGAUCGGGCCCGGAGGCCGACUCCUGCCUGAGGUGAAAAUAGAUAAGGCAGCCUCUGACGACAGUCCGACUACUGAGGUUGAGGUGAAGAAGAAGCUGUCGGGCUCCCUGAUGGUGUCUGUGGACCAGCUUAAUACCUCCUUUGGGCGGAAAGAGCGGGCAAACAGUGUUAUGAGCGUCAUCACCAACACACUAGUGGAGGAACUGGAGGAGUCCCAGAGAAGUUGUCCGCCCUGCUGGUAUAAGUUUUCUAACACCUUCCUGAUCUGGGAGUGCUCCCCCGCUUGGCUGAAGAUCAAGGAGAUCGUCAACCUCAUCGUCAUGGACCCCUUCGUGGACCUGGCCAUCACCAUAUGCAUCGUGCUCAACACGCUGUUCAUGGCCAUGGAGCACUACCCCAUGACCCCCCAGUUUGAGGGGGUGCUGUCUGUCGGCAAUCUGGUGUUCACCGGGAUCUUUGCAGUGGAAAUGUUUGCCAAGCUGGUGGCCAUGGACCCCUACUACUACUUCCAGGAGGGCUGGAACUGUUUCGACGGCUUCAUCGUGACGCUGAGUCUGGUGGAGCUGGCCCUGGCGGACGUAGAGGGCCUUUCGGUGCUGCGCUCCUUCCGAUUGCUGCGAGUCUUCAAGCUGGCCAAGUCGUGGCCCACCCUCAACAUGCUGAUCAAGAUCAUCGGCAACUCGGUGGGCGCCCUGGGGAACCUGACCCUGGUGCUGGCCAUCAUCGUCUUCAUCUUCGCCGUGGUGGGCAUGCAGCUCUUCGGCAAGAGCUACAAGGACUGCGUGUGCAAGAUCGCCGUGGACUGCAAGCUGCCGCGCUGGCACAUGAACGACUUCUUCCACUCGUUCCUCAUCGUGUUCCGCGUGCUGUGCGGCGAGUGGAUCGAGACCAUGUGGGACUGCAUGGAGGUGGCCGGCCAGGGCAUGUGCCUCCUCGUCUUCAUGAUGGUCAUGGUCAUCGGCAACCUGGUGGUUCUGAACCUCUUCCUUGCCUUGCUGCUGAGCUCGUUCAGCGCGGACAACCUGGCGGCGACGGACGACGACGGCGAGCUCAACAACCUGCAGAUCUCGGUGAUCCGCAUCAAGAAGGGCAUCGCCUGGUUCAAGGCCAAGGUGCGCGUGCUCAUGGCCAGCCUGCUGAAGAAGCCCCUGCAGACGGACGAGCAGAAGCCCCUGGACGACAUGUACGACAAGAAGCUCAACUGCAUCGCCAACCACACCGGCGUGGACAUCAACCGCGAGCUGGACUACGUCAAGAACGGCAACGGCACCACCAGCGGCAUCGGCAGCAGCGUGGGCAAGUACAUGAUCGACGAGGACCACAUGUCCUUCAUCCACAACCCCAACCUCACCGUGUGUGUGCCCAUCGCCGUGGGAGAGUCGGACUUCGAGAACCUCAACACGGAGGACUUCAGCAGCGAGUCGGAGAACGAGAACAGCAAAGAGAUGGACGACACCAGUUCGUCGGAGGGCAGCACCAUCGACAUCAAGCCAGAUGUUGUGGAGGAGGUUGUGGUGGAGACUGUGGAGGAGUACUUGGAUCCAGAUGCCUGUUGGACAGAUGCUUGCGUGGCGAAGUACAAGUGCUGUGACGUGCCCAUCACCCACGGGUGGGGCAAGCCCUGGUGGUUCCUGAGGAAGACCUGCUACCUGAUCGUGGAGCACAACUGGUUCGAGACCCUCAUCAUCUUCAUGAUCCUGCUCAGCAGUGGUGCCCUGGCCUUCGAGGACGUGUACAUCGAGCAGAGGAAGACCAUCCGGGUCGUUCUGGAGUACGCGGACAGGGUGUUCACUUACAUCUUCAUCCUGGAGAUGCUGCUGAAGUGGGUGGCCUACGGGUUUGUCAAGUACUUCACCAACGCCUGGUGUUGGUUGGACUUCUUCAUUGUGGAUGUGUCUAUAGUCAGCCUUGUAGCUAAUGCGCUGGGCUACUCCGAUCUAGGGCCCAUUAAAUCACUCAGGACACUAAGGGCCUUGAGACCCCUCAGAGCCUUGUCACGUUUUGAAGGGAUGAGGGUGGUAGUCAACGCGCUGGUGGGAGCCAUCCCCUCCAUUAUGAAUGUGUUGCUGGUGUGCCUCAUCUUUUGGCUGAUUUUCAGUAUCAUGGGGGUCAACCUCUUCGCCGGAAAGUAUUACUACUGUUUCAACCAGACCUCUGAGGAGAUGUUCUCCGACAAAGUGGUCAACAACAAGACUGAGUGCUUCGCCCUCAUCAAUGACAACUACACAGAGGUCAGGUGGAAAAAUGUCAAGAUCAACUUUGACAAUGUGGGGGCAGGCUACCUGGCCCUGCUGCAAGUGGCCACAUUCAAAGGAUGGAUGGACAUUAUGUACGCAGCGGUGGAUUCAAGACAGGUGGAAAGCCAGCCCAUCUAUGAAGACAACAUCUACAUGUACAUCUACUUUGUCAUCUUCAUCAUCUUUGGCUCCUUCUUCACCCUCAAUCUCUUCAUUGGUGUGAUCAUUGACAACUUCAACCAACAGAAGAAAAAGUUUGGAGGUCAGGAUAUCUUCAUGACAGAGGAACAGAAGAAGUACUACAACGCUAUGAAAAAGCUGGGAUCGAAAAAGCCACAAAAACCUAUUCCUCGGCCGCAGAACAAGAUCCAGGGCAUGGUGUUUGACUUUGUGACACAGCAGGUGUUCGACAUCUCCAUCAUGAUCCUCAUCUGCCUUAACAUGGUCACCAUGAUGGUGGAGACAGACGACCAAUCGGACGAAACAGAGUUAGUCCUGUACUGGGUCAACUUUAUCUUCAUCGUGGUCUUCACCACAGAGUUUGUGCUGAAGCUCUUUGCCCUGCGCCAUUACUACUUCACCAACGGGUGGAACAUAUUCGACGUAGUGGUGGUCAUCCUGUCUAUUGUUGGUAUGUUCCUGGCGGAGAUCAUCGAGAAGUAUUUUGUUUCACCAACUCUGUUCAGGGUCAUCAGGUUGGCUCGAAUCGGCCGCAUCCUCCGUCUAAUCAAAGGAGCCAAGGGGAUUAGAACUUUACUUUUCGCCCUGAUGAUGUCCUUGCCCGCCCUGUUCAACAUUGGCCUCCUGCUCUUCCUCGUCAUGUUCAUCUUCUCCAUCUUUGGCAUGUCUAACUUUGGCUACGUGAAACACGGGGCCGGCAUAGACGACCUGUACAACUUUGAGACGUUCGGCAACAGCAUGAUCUGCCUGUUCAUGAUCACCACCUCGGGGGGCUGGGACGGCCUCCUGCUGCCCAUCCUCAACUACCCCCCGGACUGCGACCUCACCCUGGAGAACCCGGGCACGUCGGUGAAGGGGGACUGCGGCAACCCCUCGGUGGGCAUCUUCUUCUUCGUCAUGUACAUCAUCAUCUCCUUCCUGAUCGUGGUCAACAUGUACAUCGCCAUCAUCCUGGAGAACUUCAGCGUGGCCACCGAGGAGAGCGCCGACCCGCUGAGCGAGGACGACUUCGAGACCUUCUACGAGAUCUGGGAGAAGUUCGACCCCACCGCCUCGCAGUUCAUCACCUUCACCAAGCUGGGGGACUUUGCGGACGCGCUGGAGCACCCGCUGCGCGUGCCCAAGCCCAACACCAUCGAGCUGAUCGCCAUGGACCUGCCCAUGGUGAGCGGCGACCGCAUCCACUGCCUGGACAUCCUGUUCGCCUUCACCAAGCGCGUGCUGGGCGACAGCGGUGAACUGGACAUGCUGCGUCAGCAGAUGGAGGAGCGAUUCGUGGCGGCCAACCCGUCCAAGGUGUCCUACGAGCCCAUCACCACCACCAUGCGGCGGAGGCAGGAGGACGUGUCGGCCAGGAUUAUCCAGAAAGCCUUCCGCUCUCACCUCAUCCGGCGGGGCAUCAUCUUCAAGAGGUUCCCCUUUGGCAUCAACAGGCUGGAGAACGGCGGGAACAACCAGGAGAAGAAGGAGAGCACCCCCUCCACGGCCUCGCUGCCGUCCUACGACAGCGUGACCAAACCCGACAAGGAGAAGCCGGAGGAGAACGAGGACAAUGCGGGGCGGAAGGAGAAGAACAAAAACCAAAAAGACGAGCGGGAAUCCAAGUGUUAG